AUGCAGUUUCCACAUCUGCUUACUCAUCACCAGCCAAAAGUUUGGGAGACCCUGGAAUAACUCCACUGUCUCCAUCACAUAUUGUGAAGGACUCUGAUGCAGACGAUGCUGUAGAACAGUUAUAUCUUGUUGUUGUGGCUAUUGAUUUUGGCACAACAUCCAGUGGCUACGCCUACAGCUUCACCAAGGAACCAGAAUGUAUUCAUGUAAUGAGACGAUGGGAAGGUGGAGAUCCAGGAGUAUCCAAUCAGAAGACACCAACCACUAUCCUCCUAACACCAGAGAGGAAGUUUCAUAGCUUUGGGUAUGCAGCAAGAGAUUUCUACCAUGACUUGGAUCCUACUGAAUCAAAGCACUGGUUGUAUUUUGAAAAGUUUAAGAUGAAGCUACAUACCACUGGUAAUCUUACCAUGGAGACAGACCUGACAGCUGCAAAUGGCAAAAAAGUCAAAGCACUUGAGAUAUUUGCUUAUGCUCUGCAAUACUUUAAGGAACAGGCACUAAAGGAGCUCAGUGACCAAGGAGGCUCAGACUUUGAAAACACUGAAGUAAGAUGGGUCAUUACAGUGCCUGCCAUUUGGAAGCAACCUGCAAAGCAGUUUAUGAGACAAGCUGCCUACAAG